UUCUGCUUUGUUUACUAGUUUCAAAAGAAGAGAAGAAACACAAGACACAAGCCCCAGGAGCUCUGUUUGUAUUCGUCUUCAUAUCUCUUUUAUCUGUUUACUCAUUGCCCUUCUAUUAUCUUCACAUGCGUUAGGUUUGAGCAGAGUAUGUUUUCCCUGCAAUUGCUUUAGUUUAGCAACUUUGGGGUCCUCUCGGGUUUACAAAAGAUGGAAGCUUUUGUCCCUGUGUUAACACUCAGACAACACUUUCUUCUUCUUCUUCUUCAGAGUGUUUGCAGAGAGAGAUAGAUAAUGGGGUUUAUCUCAAGGACUGUUUUUCCAGCGUGCGAGCGUGUCUUCGUUUGCUGUCCUGCUUACGGGCCUAGGUCUCUACAUCCCGUCAAGCGUUACAAGAUACUCCUCCUCGACAUCUUCCCCAAAUCCCCUGAUGGUGCACCAAAUGAGAGAAAGAUUGUCAAAUUAUGCGAGUAUGCUGCCAAAAACCCAGUCCAUAUCCCCAAGAUUGCUAAGUGUCUUGAAAAGAUGUGUUACAAGGACCUUCGAUCCCGGCAGAUGAAGUUCAUCAAUGUUGUCACUGAGGCUUACAACAACAUGCUUUUCCAUUGCAAGGAUCAUAUGGCUUAUUUCGCUAUGAGUUUGCUGAAUGUGGUUACAGAACUACUAGUCAAUUCAAAGCUGGAGGCACCGACCAUUCUUGGAUGCCAGACAUUGACAAGGUUCAUUUACAGUCAGGUUGAUGGAACUUACACGCACAGUAUUGAAAACUUUGCGCAUAGAGUUUGCUCAUUGGCUCGUGAAGAAGGUGAUGAACAUCAAAAGCGGUGCCUGAGAGCAUCUGGCCUGCAAUGCCUUUCAGCCAUGGUGUGGUUUAUGGGAGAGUUUUCACAUAUCUUCGCCGCUGUUGAUGAUAUUGUACAUGCCAUUCUUGGUAAUUACGAGGCAGGCGUGGUCGUUCAGACCAUUGAAGACAGAGAAGAGCAAAAAAACUGUAACUGGGUGGAUGAAGUGAUUAGAUGUGAAGGCCGAGGAGCAGGAGUCAGACCGAGAACUGCAAGAAAAGAUCUGGCUCUAUUGCCUAAAGAAGAGACUGAGAUGCCCAAAGUUUGGGCACAGAUCUGUCUCCAGAGGAUGGUUGAUCUAGCUAAAGAAAGCACAACUCUGCGGCAGAUCUUGGACCCCAUGUUCAGCUAUUUUACCUCUAGACGCCAAUGGACUCCUCCAAAUGGUCUGGCUAUGAUAGUUCUGUCUGAUGCAACAUACUUGACGGAAAUCUCUGGGACUCAGCAGUUAGUGUUAUCUUCUGUUGUACGUCAUCUUGACAACAAGCAUGUUGCCAAUGAUCCUGAACUCAAGGCUUACAUCAUACAAGUCGCUGGCUGCCUAGCAAAGCUGAUCAGGACCAGCUCGUACCUUAGGGAUAUACGCUUUGUUAACGACUUGUGUCGGCAUCUGAGGAAAAGCUUCCAGGCGACAUCGAGAUCUAUUGGAGAAGAGGAACUCAACUUGAACUUGAUGCUUCAAAACUCUAUUGAAGACUGUCUCCGGGAGAUAGCCAAAGGAGUUGUAAAUCCACAGCCGCUGUUCGAUAUGAUGGCUGUUUUACUCGAGGAGCUUCUUUCUUCAGGAGUUGUUGUUUCACGUGCAGCUGCUGGAUCACUGUUGGUUCUCGCUCAUGCAAUGUCUUCAGCACUAUCACCAUCUAUGCGUUCACAACAGGCUUUCUCAGACGCACUUCUUGACGCGCUUCUAAAAGCAAUGCUGCAUCCAAACGUGGAAACUCGUGUGGGAGCGCAUGAAUUAUUCUCUGUGAUUCUCUUGCCAAGCUCUGGUCAAUCUCAGGCUGGACUUGCAUCAGUGAGGAGUGAUACAAACUCCACGUUUACAUCUAUCGCUGCUAGAUUAGACAAGCUUAGAAAGGAGAAGGAUGGCGUCAAGACUGAGAAGAACGGUUAUAAUAAUAAUACUCACGAGGAUCUUAAAAGCUGCAAAUCUUCCCCAAACUUUCACAAGUUGAAUUCCUUGAUUGAUAGGAAUCUAGCUGAUACGUUACCGAAGUUUACUGAAGAUCAAAUGGGGCAAUUGUUAUCUGCAUUUUGGACGCAAUCAACUCUUUCUGAUAUAUCACCAUCAAAUAUUAAAGCUAUUGCUCAUUCUUUCAGUUUGGUGCUUCUUUCCUUGCGACUAAAGAAUCCUGACGACGGGCUUGUUGUUCGUGCCUUCCAGCUUCUCUUCUCACUGAGGAACCUUUCUUUGGACCUUAAUAACGGCACGUUACCAACGGUUUGCAAGCGGUUGAUCCUUGCUUUAUCCACAAGUACGUUGAUGUUCGCUGCCAAAAUAUAUCAGAUUCCUCAUAUCUGCGAGGUGUUGAAGGGUCAACUUCCUGGCGACGUAGAUCCGUAUCUAUUCAUUGGCGAUGACUUACAACUUCACGUAAGAUCAAAUGCGAGUAUGAAAGAUUUUGGGUCCUCAGGCGAUAAUCAGAUGGCUACUUCGUUGUUGUUUGAGAUGAGAAGCAAAGUAGAACUGUCCAACACUAUCAUAACUGAUAUUAUAGCAAAACAUCUAUCUAAGAUUAUUGUUAAGCUUGAGGAAACUGAUGUAAAGAUGCAACUCUCUGAGCCAUUCACACCUGAUGAUGCUUUCAUGUUUGGUUCACGGCCUAUCGUUGAGCUUGAACCAAACCAAAGCAUCUCUAAGGAAUCAUCACUGUCCUUCGAUGAGGACGUAAAUGCAGGUUCAAUGGUUGAGGACGAAGUGACCAGUGAACUCUCUGUACGUUUUCACCCAGGAGGGUCCUCUUCUUCACCAUCUAUUCCUCAAGUUAUCAGCAUUGACCAGCUCAUGGAAUCUGCCCUUGAGGUGGCGGCUGGUCAAGUGGUUGUCUCAUCUGUCUCCAUUUCUCCGCUUCCUUACGACACAAUGACAAACCGCUGCGAAACCUUUGGGACUGGGACAAGACAGAAGAUCUCAAAGUGGUUGGCCACCGAGAACCGCCAGGUGAAUGGGCUCUACAGAAAUUCAUUAGAGGAGUCAUGUGCUAUUGAAAAGGUAACAACAGAAGAUAAUAGGAGAGAAUCUGGUGUGCAGCAGAUGAGUCUGCCUCCAACGAGUCCCUUUGACAAUUUUCUCAAAGCAGCAGGAGGAGCAGGAAGAUGAUUCAAUUAAAACUUAGAUAAAGUCUCAUGUAGAUAUUAGCACUAUUGUGUUUACGUCUAGUGUAAUCUUAUUAUUGAUAUGGAUAUUUGUAGAGCUAACUAUCUAGG